UCAUUUCUCUUCGAUGCAGUUUAUCGUAACACUGUUCUGCUCAUCUGCUGGCGAUUUAACCGAGAAAGCGACAAGAAGCUCACCAAAUCGCAACCAUGUCGCGAUAAAGAGGCCGACACUGAUAAGAGCGACGGCUGUCUCCACUCCAUCGAUAGCAAGCCACUGCUUCCUCCAUCCAGAUUCACCGAAUCAGAGCUCGAUCGAGCAGCGAGAAAAAUGAGCUCUUUUUUGCUAUAGAUUUUUGUUUGUUCCGGUUCUUGUUCUUCUUUCGAUGCGAUUCUAGCUCAUUGCAAGUGUUAGGGAUGAAGAUGUCAACAACUGCGAUCUGCUUUGAGCUGUUGUUGUUAGCUAGCUGCUUGCUGUUUUCUAGUGUCUUUCCUGUCGCAUUUGGGGCGAAAACUCCCAGGAUUCACCCGAAUGAGAAGAAUUUGCUGAAGCGGAUUUCUACCAAACUGAACAUAGAUUGGAACUUCGAAUUGGACCCCUGCAGCAGAAUCGGAAACUGGAGUUUUCAGGGAGAUAAAAGCGUCGAGAGGAAGGUCGACUGCGACUGCUCCUUCAAUAGCAACUCCGUGUGCCACAUUGUUAACAUUUCGCUGAAGGCCCAGAAUCUUUCGGGCGCCAUCCCUAAAGAGUUUGGUAGUCUUCGCUACCUCCAACAAUUGGAUUUGAGUCGCAAUGUCCUCAAUGGCACCGUUCCUGAUGAAUGGAAGAAUAUGCGGCUGCAAGGCUUGUCCUUAAUGGGGAACCGCCUCUCUGGGCCAUUUCCGCUUGUCCUCACAAAGAUUACCAGUUUAACUAAUGUAAGCAUUGAGGGGAAUCUCUUUCAUGGGCCACUGCCACCGGACCUCGGAAACCUUGUUCACAUGGAGAAAUUUGUUAUAUCCUCCAAUAACUUCACUGGAGAAAUUCCCAGAGAACUUGCUGAGAUGACAAACUUAACUGAUCUGAGGAUCUCCAAUACCAAUUUAACUGGCAGACUACCUAAUUUUGUAAAGCUCUUGAAGAAGCUUGAAAAGUUGCACAUCCAAGGAUGCCGUUUGGAAGGACCCAUACCCUCUGGAAUUUCAUAUUUAACGAGCCUCAAUGAUCUGAGGAUUAGUGACUUAAGAGGAAAUAUUUCAUCUGCAUUCCCAGAUUUGGGAGACAUGGAGACAUUGAAAACUUUGAUACUAAGGAAUUGUUCUAUUCGUGGAAAUAUACCGCCUUACAUUGGGGAUAUGGAGAAGCUUAAAAACUUAGAUUUAAGCUUUAACCAAUUAUCUGGAGAGAUCCCAAGCUCCUUUUCGAAGUUGCAAAAAGUGGAUUUCAUUUAUUUGACUGGUAAUUUGCUUACUGGUAAUAUCCCCGGUUGGAUCCUGAGCAGAAACAAGAAUGCGGAUGCCUCAUUCAAUAACUUCACUUUUGGAGGCUCAGGUCCUAUGCAAUGUCCUCAAGGGAGUGUUAACCUGGCAGAGAGCUACUCACAUUCCGCUGACAACGUGAAUACAGUCCAGCCAUGCUUGAAAAGGAAUUUUCCCUGCAGUUCAUCCUCCAAUCAAUAUUCUUUGCAUAUCAAUUGUGGAGGAAAAGAAGUUACUGUCAAUGGAAUCAAAUAUGAAGCUGAUACAGAGGAAAGAGGUGCCUCAGAAUUGUAUCUAAGUACAAACUGGGCAUUCAGUAGUACUGGGAACUUCAUGGACAAUGAUAUUGAUGCUGACAAUUAUAUUGCUAAAAAUUUGUCUGAACUUUCCAUGCCAAAUUCACAGCUGUACACUAGAGCGCGUCUUUCUCCUCUUUCACUCACUUACUAUGGUCUUUGUUUAAUGAAAGGGAGUUAUACAGUAAAACUUCAUUUUGCGGAAAUAGUUUUCACUGAUGACAAUACAUUUCAAAGCCUUGGAAAGCGUGUAUUCAAUGUCUUUAUUCAGGAUAAUUUGGUGUCGGAGGAUUUCAACAUUGAAGAUGCUGCCAGAGGAUCUGGAAAACCUAUUAUUAAGAGUUUCAAUGCUUCUGUCUCUGAUAAUACCUUGAAGAUCAAAUUUUAUUGGUCUGGGAAAGGGACAACAGGCAUCCCAAGUAGAGGAAUCUACGGUCCUCUGAUAUCAGCCAUCUCUGUGACACCUAAUUUCCAGCCACCACCAGCUAUUAAAUCUUCCAUUAAGAAAAAGCUCCAUAGUAUUAUCAUUGCUGUGGUUAUCGCUCUGGUGUUUCUAAUAGUUCUGUUUAUUCUUGGCAUUUGGAGGAAGAAGAGACAGAAUAUCUUGUACAAAGAACUUGGAGCUCUCGACCUGCAAACUGGAUGUUUUACCUUACGCCAAAUCAAAGCAGCAACAAAGAAUUUUGAUUCUGCAAAUAAGAUAGGGGAAGGUGGAUUUGGUUCAGUUUACAAGGGUUUGUUAUCCGAUGGUACGAUAAUUGCUGUUAAGCAGCUUUCAUCCAGAUCCAAGCAAGGAAACCGUGAGUUCAUCAACGAAAUAGGCAUGGUUUCUGCCUUGCAGCAUCCUAAUCUUGUGAAGCUUUAUGGAUGUUGUAUGGAAGGCAACCAACUCUUGUUGAUUUACGAGUAUAUGGAGAAUAACUGUCUUUCCCGUGCACUAUUCGGCAAAGGAGUAAAGCACAAAAUAAAGCUGGAUUGGUCGACAAGAUGCAAGAUUUGUAUCGGAAUAGCCAGAGGACUUGUAUAUCUUCAUGAGGAGUCCAGAAUAAGGAUUGUACACCGAGACAUCAAAGCUAGCAAUGUAUUGCUAGAUGGUGACCUCAAUGCCAAGAUUUCUGAUUUUGGUCUUGCUAAGCUUUAUGAGGAAGACCAUACUCACAUCAGCACUCGAAUAGCUGGAACGAUAGGUUAUAUGGCUCCUGAAUACGCAAUGCGAGGUUAUUUGACAGAUAAAGCCGAUGUAUACAGUUUUGGCAUUGUUGCUCUAGAACUCGUGAGUGGAAAAAGCAACACAAGCUACCGGCCGAAGGAUGAAUUUGUGAAUCUUCUUGACUGGGCGUGUGUUCUACACGAUAGAGGCAAUCUUAUGGAACUGGUAGAUCCUGAUCUUGGAUCAGCCUACCCGAAGGACGAGGUGAUUCUAAUGUUGAAUGUGGCUCUUCUGUGCACUAACUCAUCGCCCACACUCAGACCGACCAUGUCGAAGGUGGUGAGCCUGCUUGAGGGUCAGACCCCUAUCCAACCAUUUCUCUUGAAAGUCAGCGCAUCAGCUAACAGCUUGAGAUCCGGAGGGUUUACAAGAACUUUCCGACAGAAUUCAGGCGAAAGCCAAAGCCUCAUGGUCCAUGCUUCGAGUAUAGAUGCUGCGUCCAAUCACUUCGACCCCGAGGAUGAUGUGAGCUUCCAACUACUCGCAGGAUCCAUUCACAACACCGAAAGGGACUUGCUCCAGUUUUGACACGAUACGAACAGCUAGUUAAACGAGUAUCCCUCUGCAAUCGAACACUCGAAGCAGAAAUUCUCAUGCACAUAUUCUUUUCUGCUGGGAAACCAUUAUGGAUCACUGGUAAGACAGUAAAGUCAUCUAAUCUCUAUUUAAAUGGCAUGAUUAGCAAGCUGUAAUUACCCAACUACUUUGAAGCUAAUGACUUUUGAGAAGAAUUUUUUCUUCUUCUUUUCCUUAUUCUAUUUGUUGCUGCCUAAACUGGCACCUUCUGUUCUCCUUAGGUAAUUUUUGCUAUGAUUGUAAUAUAAAUCAAGUCUUAUCUCACUAAGUGAGAUUAGCUAUGUAGAAAUUAUCCUCUACUGUGUGUGUGUGUGAAUAAAUAAGUUGUUUUCACUAGUUA